AUGGUUGAGGACCUCGUCGCGUUCCAAUCGGCUUUGGUCCCUUGGAUCGUUGUGGGCGCUAUUAUUGCCUUCAUUCUUGCUUUUGCCAUUGGGGCGAACGAUACCGCCAACUCUUUCGGCACCAGCGUGGGAAGCAAAGUGAUCACGCUCACUCAGGCUUACAUUCUUGCCAGUAUCUUUGAAACGCUCGGAGCUUGCCUGCUGGGUAGGUUUUAA